UCUUCAAACAAACACAGCCGAAGUAACGUGACAAACAAUUUGAGAAAUUGAACCCUGAAGCAGGCAGCAACAAUGGCGUCCCAACAGUGCGAUAAGCAAAGGGAAGAAAUCUUUCGACUCUUUGAUGAAAAACCUGGUUCUGGAUUGGGCUUUCUUGGCUUCCCUGAACCAUCCCUCCCGCCUCCACCGCCAUGCCUUGAAGUUCUUCCAUCCGAGGUUUCCCCAAAUAUAAGGAAUAAUAAUACUGUCGAAACUGUCGAUGUUGGCGGACUUACACUUCUCAAGGGGAGGGCGAGCACUCAGGAGGUAUUUUCUUUGGCCAAUUCAGAUUUGGUACCGGGAAAAUAUGAAGGAGGAUUGAAACUGUGGGAAGGGUCGCUAGAUUUAAUCACAUCACUUAAAUCUGAGUUGCAACAUGGGAAGCUAUCAUUUGAUGGAAAGCGAGUUCUAGAGCUUGGAUGUGGUCAUGGACUUCCUGGUAUAUUUGCUUGCCUAAAGGGUGCAGUGGCUGUGCAUUUCCAAGAUUUCAACGUAGAAGUUCUUCGGUGCCUAACAAUUCCCAAUGUUCUUGCCAAUGUUCAAAGGAAACCUGUGGAGGGUGGUCAGAUCAACACCAACACCCGUUUUUUUGCUGGUGACUGGAAUGAAGUGCAUAGUGUUAUCACAAGUGGAUCAAAAACCGAAAAUGACGAUAGAAAUCCUGAGUCCAAUCAGAUCGAUGGAUAUGACAUCAUUCUUAUGGCAGAGACCGUUUACUCCAUGUCUGCUUUGCCUAACUUAUAUAAUCUUAUAAUGAAGUGCCUGAGAAAUCCUAAAGGAGCUGUGUAUAUGGCGGCAAAGAAGUAUUAUUUUGGGGUGGGAGGCGGAUCGAGGCGAUUUCUGUCACUGGUUGAAAAGGAUGGCAUUCUUGCCUAUUCCCUCGUUGCAGAAGUUGCCGAUGGUUCAUCCAAUGUUCGAGAGGUUUGGAAGCUUCAUUUCAAAUGAUACUCUUGAAUCAAGUCUUGAAGGGCUUUGAGUCUAUUAUGUGUCCCGAG